AUGUGUGAUGGUUUUCCUUUGCCCGACUUUGGGUUUGAAGACGUUCCACUUAUGGCAUUGGAAAAACCAACCAAUUUCGCAACACCUGAAUUUGCGACAACAGAGUUUGAAGAGAUAUGUCGAAAUCUCGGUAUGUCAAUAGAUCCAUUCUCGCCUAUCAGAUCAACAGGAAACUCAUCUGUAUACAAAGCAACAUCGAUCACUACUAACGAGGAAUGGGCAUUAAAAGUUAGCAAACAUAAAUCUAGAAUUGUCGAAGAAUUUCAAAAGAGAAAUUACCUUGAAAAUUCAAAAUACUUAGUGAAAUCAUACGAAAUUUACGAUAAGCCCAACUUUGCAAUGCUUAAAAUGGAAUUAUGCAAUAAUGGAGAUAUUGCCGCAAUGGUAUUAGAAGAACCAUAUUUAUGGCUUCUAAUACAUGAUAUAGGCAAUGCUCUGAAUAUAGUUCAUAAAUCAGGUUGGAUGCAUCUUGAUGUUUCGCCAUCCAAUAUAUUAGUCGAAGGAAAUCUCUUUAAAUUAGCAGAUUUUGGUACUCUAAUUAGAAUUGGGGAGUAUGAGAGCGGCAAAGAAGGUGCAGGGCCAUACUGCUCUCCCGAAACAAUGGAAUUUAAUGGAACAGAUGGAAUUACAGUAGAACCAACAACAGACAUAUUUAGCUUCGGUGUGGUUUUAUUAGAAGCCUCUACAGGUUACCAAGCUCCAAGAGGAGGCGAUGAUAGAUACGGCCAACUUAGAAACGGCCAGAUUUUACUUGGCGGCGAUCUAUAUAACUGUGAUUGCAGCCAGGAACUUAUAGACUUAGUGAACGCUAUGAUUUCACGUGAUCCGGCGGAUAGACCAACUGCGGCUGAUUUAGCAAAUCAUCCGCGUGCUAUCCAGGCAGACAAUGAAAGAAAUAAUUGA